AUGGCCGGCAUGACCUACGCAAAAAUCUACAACCAAGCUAAUCUUAUCGAGAAGGUGAGAACUCUUGUGGUAGGAUUCUUUGCGUUGGCACUUGUUGCGGCUUCGGUUAACUGUUUGCCAACCGCUGGAAUGGCGGUUCCAAACUCUCCAGAAAAUGUGGAACGAUUGGCUCAUCUGGGUCAGGAUGAACUUGCGGAGGAGCUCAGCGGACAGUUCGAGGGUGAUAUGGUGUUGGACGAAGAGCAGGUUGUCUCGCUGCGCGAUAAGCGUAACGGUCUCAUCUCCCAGACGCGCCGUUGGCCAAACCGGAUUGUGAACUACUACAUCCACGAGCCUGACUUCACACCAGAACAGAUCCAACAUAUCGAGCUCGGUGUACGGAUACUGCAAAGUCAAUCGUGUCUACAGUUCCGGCGAGUUACUCCCCAAGACACACCCGCUUACAUUCGCGUGAUCGGUUCCGGGUCCGGGUGCUAUUCGUCCGUUGGACAUACGGGCGGUGCCCAAAACCUUAACCUGCAACCGAACACCGUCGGAACGGGUUGCUUCCGUAUCGGUACGGUGGUGCACGAGUUCCUGCACGCGCUUGGAUUCUACCAUCAGCAGAGUGCUAGUGAUCGGGAUGAGUUUGUAGACAUCAUUUGGGAAAACAUUCAGGCUGGCUCGGAAAACAAUUUCUAUGUGUACGAUGCUAACACUGUGACAGACUUUAAUGUCCGCUACGACUAUGGAAGCGUAAUGCACUACAGUUCGACAGCAUUCUCGGUGAACGGUCAGCGAACGAUCGUGCCGAAGGAUCCGAACGCUGCGAUCGGUCAACGAUUGAGCUUGAGCGAACGGGACAUUUCUAAGUUGAACUGGAUGUACGGUUGCCUUGGAAAGGUUUGA